GUUAGGAGAAGUGCAUGAAUGUUUAUGAUGUGUGCAUGCAACAGACCAUGGCUGAAGGAACAACCGGAGGGAGCCCCGGUAGACAGAGUGAUCCAGACAAAGUGGAUGCUGAUGGAGGGGGCCCACCCAGGGGGAAAUGGGCCAACAAAUCGGAGUUUUUGCUCUCCAUGGCCGGAGAAAUCAUCGGCCUGGGAAAUGUUUGGCGGUUCCCGUAUUUGUGCUACAAGAACGGAGGAGGUGUCUUCUUCAUCCCUUACUUCAUCUUCCUCUUCUUCGGCGGCAUCCCCAUCUUCUUCCUGGAGACGGCGCUGGGCCAGUACACCAGCGAGGGCGGCGUCACCGCCUGGAGGAAGAUAUGCCCCAUGUUUGAGGGUGUGGGGAUCGCCUCCCUGGUCAUCGUCAUCUACCUGAACAUCUACUACAUUGUGGUUCUGGCCUGGGCCCUCUUCUAUCUGUUCAACUCCUUCCAAAGUCCGCUGCCCUGGUCCACGUGUGAGAACUGGUGGAACACCGACAACUGUCAUGGCCGCGCCGGGGUUUAUAGCGACCCGCAUCUGUUCCAACUCGAGUCCAACUGGUCCUUCCUGAACAACAUGAGCUCGUACGACUACUUAGAGAACACCACCGACAUGAUGCUAAAUGGAACCUUCCUUAUGGUCAAGUCCCCCGAGGAGGAGUUUUGGACGAAUCGUGUGUUGAGGAUGUCAGAUUCCAUGUCCCUCGGCAAGGUGCAUUGGGACCUGGCGCUGUGCCUGCUUCUGGCGUGGAUCAUGUGCUACUUCUGCGUCUGGAAGGGGAUUAAGUCCACAGGCAAGGUAGUCUACUUCACUGCCACCUUCCCUUACCUGAUGCUCCUGCUCCUCUUCUUCCGCGGGGUGACCCUACCUGGCGCUGGGGAGGGCCUGAGAUAUUACCUGUUACCCGACGCCACGAAGCUGGCUGACCCUGAUGUGUGGCUGGACGCAGGUACUCAAGUCUUCUUCUCCUACGCCGUCUGCCAAGGAGUCCUGACCUCUCUGGGAAGCUACAACAAAUACAACAACAACUGCUACAGGGAUUGCGUGGCCUUGUGCGUUCUCAACAGCGCCACCAGCAUUUUUGCUGGCUUUGUGGUGUUCUCCGUGCUGGGCUUCAUGGCGCACAGCCUGAACUUGCCGGUGGAGGAUGUCGCUCACAGCGGUCCAGGUUUGGCCUUUAUCGCCUACCCUAAAGCUCUUUCGAUGCUGCCCGGCUCCACCUUUUGGACCGUGCUCUUCUUCCUCAUGAUCCUCCUCCUGGGUCUGGACACUCAGUUUGUGUGUGUGGAGAGCCUGGCCACGUCCAUCACUGACCUGUUCCCUCAGCAGCUGAGGAGGCCCGGCGCUCGGGAGCUUCUGGUUCUGGUUAUUUCGGUUGUUUGCUUCCUGCUGGGCCUGCCGCUCAUCACGGAGGGAGGAAUCGUGCUCUUCCAGCUGAUUGACAGCUACGGGCCGAGCGGAACCAGCCUGCUCCUCAUCGCCUGCUUUGAGACGGUCGUCAUGUCCUGGGUGUACGGCGCCGACCGUUUCUGUGACAACAUCGAGGACAUGAUUGGGUACCGGCCGUUCCCCCUCCUCAAGUACUGCUGGUUGUUCAUCACGCCGCUGCUCUGCGUGCUCACGAUGCUGUACGACCUGACCAACACGCACUCCCUCAUGGUGUACGACUACAGGCCGGGCACGUGGGCCUCCGCCUUGGCCUCUCUGCUGGUUCUCACGCCGCUCAUCUGCAUCCCGGCGUUCAUCCUCAUCACGCUGUGCAGGAACCCCCAGAACAUGACGACGCCGUCCAGCGAUCUGCGCCAGGCUCGGCCGCAUCAGCCCGUCCUCACCUUGUGUGACCGCGUAAUCUUCGCCGCCUCAAAGCCACCAGGCCGGAGAGACGAUAAAAUAAUGAUGGAAGAGCCCAGUGGCGUUUGACGGACAAGGACAAUGACAUCGCCAUCAUCAUGUUGUUUCUAAAUGUUUACACUUUAUUCACUUACUUUUCACUUUUUGAAAGCCACAGUUAACCUCCAAAAGCCUGUGUGGGACUAUUUUCUUUACAAAAUAUGUGAGUCCGUCAAAGAAAUAGACCAAAAACACACGUUUCUCUGGAUGAUAUAUCUUAAUUUGUGUCAACACAAAAAAGCAAUUUCGGCAGAAAUUGCGUGUGAAUGCUGAGAGCAUAUUUGCCAACCCUCUUGAUUUUCCCGGGAGACUCCUGAAUUUCUCUGCUCCUCCCGAAAAUCUCCCGGGGCAACCAUUCUCCCGAAUUUCUCCCGAUUUCCACCCGGACAACAAUAUUGGGGGUUUGCCUUAAAGGCACUGCCUUUAGCGUCCUCUACAACCUGUCGUCACGUCCGCUUUUCCUCCAUGCAAACAGCGUGCCGGCCCAGUCACAUAAUAUAUGCGGCUUUUACACACACAUAAGUGAAUGCCAUGCAUACUUGAUCAACAGCCAUACAGGUCACACGGAGGGUGGCUGUAUAAAAACUUUAACACUAUUACAAAUAUGCGCCACACUGUGAACCCACACCAAACAAGAAUGACAAACACAUUUCGGGAGAACAUCCGCACCGUAACACAACAUAAACACAACAGAACAAAUACCCAGAACCCCUUGCAGCACUAAUUCUUCCGGACGCUACAAUAUACACCCCCGCUACCACCAAAAUCCGCCCCCCCCAACCCCGCCCACCUCAACCGCGCCCCCGCCCACCUCAACACCCCUAAGAAAAGCCAACAGGCUAACAGUUACUAUGUGUGUAAUGGCAAAAUUUGUGACUCUAUGGAGUGUACGCCUGCUAAAUGACAUAAAAAUCGAGCAUGCCAACGUUAGCAUGUUAGCUUUAUUUUUUUUUAGAUAAAACAAAUUAAUUCUAAGCCUGGGCCCCUGGAGAGGGUCCAGACUGAGGCCAAGGAAAAAACCUCAUAGCCAUAGCACACAUAAACAUGUGUGUAAGAGGGAAACAUCAAAGAACAUGAUGAGACAGCAUACAAUGCAGAGGUCCAACCGCUGGCUUCAUGGUGUGCUAACAAUAACUUGGUUCUUAACACUAACAAAACCAAAUAACUAAUUGUAGACUUCCGCAGGAAAGGGCAGAACAAACACCCUCCACUUUUAAUUAAUAACAAUCUCGUAGAAAGGGUCAAGCAUUUCAAAUUCUUAAGGGUGAACAUAACAGAAGAUGUAUGCUGGGACAUUAACACUGCUUCUACAGUCGGAAAGGCCCAACAACGUCUUUUUUUUUUUGAGGAAACUAAAAUGCGCAAACAUUCCGCAAAAAUCAAUGGUCAACUUUUUACAACUGUGCCAUCAGCAGUGUCCUCACUUACGGAUUUUUAGUGUGGUUUGCUAGCUGCACUAAAGCAAACCAACAGGCCCUCCAGCGAGUGGUUAAAGCGGCGGGGAAAAUAACAAGGACAAUACUCCCAGAGAUGAGUGCCAUGUACACAACUCGCUGCCUAAAGCGAGUACACAACAUCCUGAAGGACAGAUACCACCCAGCACAUGGCCUCUUCAACCUGCUACCCUCUGGAAGGAAGUAUAGAUCGAUUCGCGCCAGGACCACCAGAAUGUCUCACAGUCUGCAUCCCCAGGCUGUGAGACUGCUAAAUGAACAGCCUGCCCCUUUGCUGCCCCGGACCAUCUUAUUACCUCACUCUUCACCACCUCAAUAAUUGUGCUCUGGACAUUGCAUUGCUGCAACAUCAACGUAACACCCAUCAGACAUCUGACUGUUCCCACCCCCACGUCCCUCUUAUCGCGAUCUUCCUGACAAUGCUAAAAUGUAAACUAUUGUCAACCUGCACAUCAAUGCAGUUUCUAUGCCGCUGGACAAAGCUCAAACAAAAUCUCGUUGUUCAUGUAUGACUUAAGUGUUAUUAUGACAAUGACAAUAAAGGAAUUGAACACACAGGACAUUAAAAGAGCAGAGCUGAUGUAACUAGUUGCCACUCCAGCAGUGCCACUUCUACACACAGCCACAAAAGUAAAACAACAAAAUAUAAUCAACCAAUAAUAUACAUUGCGCACACACCAUUGCACCAUGCAUAGACGAGCAACCAAACAAAAACAUAAUUUCAACAGAGACACACACUGUGGUGGCCUCUGCGGUGUUCCACGCCAUCGUCUGCUGGAGUGGGGGGAGCAUGGCCAGAGACAGGAGCAGACCCAACAAAGCAACCAAGAGAGCCCCGACUCCACUCUCAUCCGCCCACCAACUCUCGGCCAGUGAAUGCUGAAAAAAGCCAAACUAAAACACAUUUUUAGCACGCAAGCCAGAUAGCGUCGACAAAAUAUACGACUCUUACAGGCAAAUAGGCAAAAAGAAAAGCCAGCAUGCUAACAGUUACUAUGCGUGUAAUGGCAUUUUUUGUUUGUUUGACGAUUUAUCCUGCUCGUGUGGAAACAUUUCAGCAUUCGCACGCCAUUCCUAUUUCAA